AUGGAUACGCCAUUAGACGAGCUACAGUGGAAGUCACCAGAAUGGAUUCAAGCGUUUGGACUUAGAACGGACAACGUGCUGGAUUAUUUUGCAGAGUCACCAUUUUUCGAUAAGACAUCGAAUAAUCAAGUCAUCAAGAUGCAGAGACAAUUUCAACAGGAACCAUCUCAGGAAGCCGGUAGUGAUGACUUCGGUCAUUUGGAUGCUAAGAGAAGGGAAAUCUUGAUUAAAUAUCCUGUCUAUGCCAUGCUUGAGAGAGAGUUAAUGAAAUUGAAAGGGAUUGAGUAUGUUCUCGUGCAAGUGAGGGAACCAGAUUUUUGGACAAUAAGGAAGCAAAACAGGCAUUCUAUCAACAAGACAGAAACACUACAGGAUUAUUACGUGAUUGGAGCGAACGUUUACCAAUCACCGACGAUAUUUAAUAUAGUCAUGAACAGAUUAAUGACUACGAAUUAUCAUUUUAACGAAACUAUAAAGAGUCUGUACGACUUGACUGAGUUCAAACCAUCACAAGGUAUUCAAUUCAAGAAAUUCGAGGCGGACAAGAGCUCUAACGGCACCACCACAGAGAGUCAUACAGUAAGCACUUCAGCCACAGCGACAGCAACUACGAAUGCUACAACGGCCCAACUUGAUAAUUCUAAAAACGAUGGAUCUAGACAGUUGAUCACACAAGAAAUGCUGGAUAAAUUGAUGGUAACAAGCAUCAAAUCCAAACCAGAAUAUAUAUAG